GCGAUUUUUGCCGACUCUGGAUUCGUCCCCGGCGUGCGCAAGAAUGGCGGCGCUUCCCGGAUCCGUGCCGAGGAUGAUGCGGCCGGCGCCCGGGCAGAACUAUCCCCGCACGGGGUUUCCUCUGGAAGUGUCCACCCCACUUGGCCAAGGCCGGGUCAACCAGCUUGGUGGGGUCUUCAUCAACGGGCGACCCCUGCCUAACCACAUCCGCCACAAGAUAGUGGAGAUGGCCCACCACGGCAUCCGGCCCUGUGUCAUCUCCCGCCAGCUGCGUGUCUCCCAUGGUUGUGUCUCCAAGAUUCUCUGCCGCUACCAGGAGACCGGGUCCAUCCGGCCUGGGGCCAUCGGCGGCAGCAAGCCCAGACAGGUGGCGACUCCGGAUGUGGAGAAAAAGAUCGAGGAGUACAAGAGGGAAAACCCAGGCAUGUUCAGCUGGGAGAUCCGAGACCGACUGCUGAAGGAUGGGCACUGUGACCGCAGCACUGUGCCCUCAGUGAGUUCGAUUAGCCGCGUGCUCAGAAUCAAGUUCGGGAAGAAAGAGGAGGAGGAGGAAGUGGACAAGAAGGACGAUGAUGGCGAGAAGAAGGCCAAACACAGCAUCGAUGGUAUCCUGGGCGACAAAGGGAACCGGCUGGAUGAGGGCUCAGAUGUGGAGUCAGAACCCGACCUCCCUCUGAAGCGCAAGCAGCGCCGCAGCCGGACCACGUUUACGGCUGAGCAGCUGGAGGAGCUGGAGAAGGCCUUUGAGAGGACGCACUACCCAGACAUCUACACCCGCGAGGAGCUGGCGCAGAGGACCAAGCUGACUGAGGCGCGCGUCCAGGUCUGGUUCAGUAACCGCCGCGCCCGUUGGCGUAAGCAGGCAGGGGCCAACCAGCUGGCAGCGUUCAACCACCUUCUUCCAGGGGGCUUCCCGCCAGCCGGUAUGCCCACGCUGCCCCCCUACCAGCUGCCGGACUCCACCUACCCCACCACCAGCAUCUCCCAAGAUGGGGGCAGCACCGUGCACCGGCCCCAGCCCCUCCCACCAUCCACCAUGCACCAGGGGGGGCUGGCUGCGGCCGCCGCCGCCGCGGACACCAGCUCGGCCUACGGAGCCCGCCACAGCUUCUCCAGCUACUCAGACAGCUUCAUGAACCCGGGGGCGCCCUCCAACCACAUGAACCCCGUCAGCAACGGCCUGUCUCCUCAGGUGAUGAGCAUCCUGAGCAACCCCAGCGCUGUGCCACCACAGCCGCAGGCCGACUUCUCCAUCUCCCCGCUGCACGGCGGCCUGGACUCGGCCACCUCCAUCUCGGCCAGCUGCAGCCAGCGGGCUGACUCCAUCAAGCCAGGAGACAGCCUGCCCACCUCCCAGUCCUACUGCCCGCCCACCUACAGCACCACCGGCUACAGCGUGGACCCCGUGGCUGGCUACCAGUACAGCCAGUAUGGCCAGACUGCUGUUGACUACCUGGCCAAAAACGUGAGCCUGUCCACACAGCGCCGCAUGAAGCUCGGGGAGCACUCCGCUGUGCUGGGACUCCUGCCUGUGGAAACUGGCCAGGCCUACUAGGGCCUCUGGGGCGCCUGGCCCCAGCCCAAGUCCCAGCCCAACAGCUUUGAUCCCUGAGCCUCCCAGCCUCAGUCCCUUCAUUGCCCUGGGGUCCCAGGAAGCCAGGAAAGGAGCCCAUUCUCUUCUAUAGCCAGCCCUCUGGACAUGUGCAGCCAGUCUACCAUUUGCCCGUGGUCAGGCACCGGGAGGGACCCCUUGGAGUCUGCCCCUCCGCUCUCUCCCAGGAGGGUUUCCGGUCAGCCUGAAGCCUGCCACCCCCCCGCCCACCGCCACCACCCAGUCAAAUCCUGUUGUGGCCUCUGUGCCUUCUCAGGCACGGAGAUCGACGCUCACCCGGAAUAGAGGA